UACUGUUGAUUUCAUUGGAAGCUGCUAUUUUACUGAGAUCUGCAAAUGCAAACUGAAGAACAUCGCAUGCUUAAAGUGUGGUAACAUUGUCGGUUAUCAUGUGAUUUCUCCCUGCAAACCUUGCCUGCUGUCUUGUAAUAAUGGCCACUUCUGGAUGUUUCAUAGCCAAGCAGUCUUUGGCAUCAACAGACUAGACUCUUCUGGUGUGAAUGUAUUGCUCUGGGGCAACUUGCCAGAUUUGGAGGAAAGCACAGAUGAAGAUAUGUCCUGCAUCUCUGAGGAGGAGUAUAUCAGAUAA